AUGGCCGGCGCUGGCGCAGGAGCUGUAGCCGCCACGUUUGUAGCGCCGCUAGACGUGGUCAAGACCCGCCUGCAAGUGAUGGGCGCACCACAAGCCUCCACGUCAGCAGCAGGGGGAACAGCAGCAGCUAGCGCGAGGCCAUUAGCAGCGCCAACAGGAGGAGGGGCAGCAGCAGCAGCAGCAUCUGCCUCCCCGCCGCCGUUCGCUCGGAUAGCGACUGUGCUUGCCACUCCCCCGUCCGCGUCCGCAGCCGCCGCGGCAGCAGAAGCAGCGCGAGGGGCGGGAGGAUCAGGGGGAUUAGGAGCAGGGGGAGCGGGGGGAGCAGCAGUGGGGGGAACAGGCGCGGGGGGAAAAGCAGCAGCGGCGGGGAGGCGGUGGCGCAUGGGCGUGAUAGCGGGGUCCCUCCAGACCAUCUGGCGCACGGAGGGCCUGAGAGGGCUGUACCGCGGGCUCUCCCCCACCAUGGUGGCUUUGCUGCCCAACUGGGCGGUGUACUUUUCAGUGUACGACCAUUUAAAGAGGAUGCUAAGCGAGCCGAGUCAUUCAGGCGCAGUUCCCAGCAGCCACGAAGAAUCACCAGAACAGGGUUCAGAGCAGCAGGAGCAGCAGGAGGAGGGGCAGGAGGGGCAACAGGCAAGGCCACAGCAGCAGCAGCAGCAGCAGCAGCAGCAGCAGCAGCAGCAGCAGCAGCAGCUGUCGCUGGGGCGAAGUGUGUUGGCAGCAGCAGGAGCAGGCACGGCCACCGUCCUCGCCACCAACCCUCUGUGGGUCGUCAAGACGAGGCUGCAGACUCAAGCCAUGCGGACCAACAGGCGGCCCUACAAGGGAACGUUUUCCGCCCUUGUGCGGAUUACAAGAGAGGAAGGGCUGGGGGGGCUGUACAGUGGCGUGGUGCCGGCACUGGCAGGCAUAAGCCAUGUGGCCAUCCAGUUCCCCAUGUACGAGUAUAUCAAGCAGCAGAUGGCGUGCAGAGAAGGGUCAACCACAGACACCCUAACGGCCCCCCAGCUAGCAGCAGCCUCUGCCAUCUCUAAAGUCUUUGCCUCAACACUCACAUACCCCCACGAGGUGGUGAGAGCACGGCUUCAAGAGCAGGGGAAGGACUUAGGAAAUGCACACCGUUACACAGGCAUGGGGGACUGUAUAACGCGG